UUAUUUCUCGUUAAAAAAUUUCAUGUUCGUAUUUCCAAAGAUAAAGAAGUAUUUAUUGGAGAAGCUCACGGGGCGGUGGUCUCCAUUAUUAGUACACAAGUGCAAGGCAUGGGCUCGACUAGUUUCCUAAACAAGUCGAGGUCUGGUUUCAGAACGAAGAGCGGGUCCAGUGGCGGUUCUGACAAGGAAAUGAACGGGAAAUUAAAAAGAACAAAAAUACGGCGCCCGGUAAAGAUGAAUGAUUAUGGAAUGAAGAGGAUACCGGAUUAUACAGAAUUGGCGUACAAAGAAGCUGUGUCGAAAUUAAAGUAUUUCUUAUCGGGGAAUAAUGCACCGAGCGUCCGUAGCUACGGAGGUUCAGCAUCAAUUAAAAACCUCGACGAAUCUGAUGGUGAAAUCGAUAAGAAAUAUUCGUUAUCUUUCAAUACCCUAUCGGAAUACAAACCACGGCCAAGGCUCACGGCUAAAUACGCUACAUUGUACGCGGACAGUCUGAACAACUACACGACACCUCAGCCAACGGUUACCAAUAUUGCGCCACCAGCAUCCGCCGACUUGACUGGCGGAACCAAUCCCGAUGUGGUUAACUUUAUACAGAAACAAGAAGAGUACAUUGAACAACUUGAAAAGGAAAGCCAGUAUUGUAGGGAUGAAUUGAACAAUCUGCUCGGGAAAGUAAAAGAGGUUAUAUCUGAAAAUGAACACUUGCACGAGGCUCAAAAAAAUAAACUCAUUUCCCGAAUGUUCCACACAUACAAUGCUGGCUCUGAAACUGAUGACUUAGACGAUGUCGGUGACAGCACUGGACUGGACAGCGAUAAUAAGGUCUCUCCAUCGAAAACACGCAGACCUAAAUCCCGAUCAGUAAAACUCGAAGGACCAAACAUCGUGUUCGAAUCUCGCAUCGCUGAACUAGAGGCUCAGCUGACUCAAGCUAAAAUCGAUCUUAAGAAGGUCCAGGAUGAAAACAAUGAAAACAAACGUAAGCUUGCCAACGGUCUCGUGGAUUCGACUUGUCUUGAUGGUUUUAAAAGACAAAUCGAUAAUUUACAAAGAGAUAAAUCAUCUUUGGAAUCUCAGAUAUCUAAGCUGAAACUAAAUCUAGAACAGAAGGAAGGUGAUCUGGAUACCCGCUACAAAAGAGGUUCAGAUGUGGAACAACAGCUUAGAGAAGAGAGAAAUAAUUUAGAAAUCGAAUUGAGCAGACUUAAGGACGAGCUGGCGCGCGAGCGCGGGCGCGUGCGCUCGGCGUCGGGCGAGGGCGCGCGCCGGGCGCAGCGCGAGCGCAGCGCCGCCGAGCAGCGCUACCUCGCGCACUGCGACGAGCUGCAGCACGACCUCGCCGCGCAGUUCGACAACGUCGCCAAGCUGCAGUUGGACUUAGAACGGCAGCGUCGUGAAGAAAAUGAUUUAAAGAGGGAGCUGUCGAUGAAGAAUGCAGCAAUUGAAGAAUUGAAAAUGGAACUUAAGAACAAAAGUGCGUCCCUUCAAGCAGAUCUAGCUCAAGCUCAUGCAGAAAAAUCAUCUCUCGAGGAAGAGCUGGCAAGCGCUAGACUUGCUAUCGAAAGACAUCAACGACAGUCCAAGCAUGAAGUCAACCGACUAAAUUCUGAAAUUCAAUCGCUUCGACAACGCUUAGACAGAGCUGAUGCAGAUUUGGUUCACUCUCGUCGCGAGAACCUGCGUCUCUCGGAACAGAUCUCCAAUCUUGAAAAAGAGCUAAAUUUGAAAAACUUGACACCAAUAUCGCCAGAGAAGAACAGGAAGGAGAAAGAAUUAUCAACGAUGCUGGAAUCGAUGGAAAAUAAGCACGCUAAGACCGUGGCUGAGUUGGAGUCCAUGAUUCAUUCACAAAACAGUCUGAUGGAGAAACUCACCAGCGAAUGUCGUUUGCUUACAGAUAAGCUCGACGACACAAAUCGUAGGCACAAAAUGGAAAAAACACAGUUGCUUUGCAGAAACUCUGAACUUAUGAGAAAACUUAGAAAUCUGUGGUCUUCUCAUAAGAAAUACUGCACGACCACAAUAGCACCAUAUCGAAGUUACACUCCAUUAAGUGGAUAUCCAAGUAGCUCAUCAUGUGACUUAGAUCGCACUUAUUUGACCUCAACGCCUUAUACAUAUACAAAUAGAUUUAGAAGAACCGAUGGAUUUAGUUAUAAUGGUAGUGCGAAUGAUGAAAUCGUUAAUCUGAGCAGAAAUUUAAGUGAUCUCUCGAUUGAUAAAAUCGGGGAUUCAGAUGAUGAUCCUCAAAAGGAAAGAACUGGCAACUCUGCAGCGUCAAAUAGAGCGUCUGGGACAAUCCCUGCAGUCUGCAUCGCACCCACCUAAUAAUCAAGCACCUACCUCGCACGCAGCCAAUACCAACAGAAUAUCACAUUCCCCAACCGGCGCCGGAUCAGACUAUUCCAGAAAUGAGUCCGCCAGAGACGCCACAUUCAGAGAAAACGACGAUAUCAGAAAUAAUCUCGGCGACGUCGCUGGAGACCACGAAGAAUCAAAAAAUAUAAACCAACACAUACAAGAUUACACUAAUAAUGAAAAUAUAACACAAGAUGCACAACAUUACAGCACAGAAAUAACACAAGAUGUAGUAAGC